GCGUGCGUCAGGUGCAGUCAUGGAGGCGGAGGAGGCGGACGUGGAUGUGGAAGGCGAUGUGGCAGCAGCUGCACAACCUGGAAAUGAUGUAAACACAGCAUCAGUUUUUCAAGAUCAUUAUCUUGAUUCAACGUGGAGAAGGGAGAAUGGCUGUCUUCCUUGGACUCUGGAUAGCACCAUCAGUGACGAGAAUAGAGCUGUCAUUGAGAAAAUGCUGUUGGAAGAAGAGUAUUAUUUAUCUAAUAAAUCACUUCCAGGAAAAUUCUGGGUUAAUCAAAAGGAGGAUGAUAAAAAAUACACAAACAGGGUGCAUUCUCCUAAAAAACCAGCCAGUUAUUCAGUAAAGUGGACGAUAGAAGAGAAAGAACUGUUUGAACAAGGAUUGGCUAAAUUUGGCCGGAGGUGGACUAAAAUCGCAGCCCUAGUUGAAAGUCGCACAGUUUUACAAGUGAAGAGUUAUGCCAGACAGUACUUUAAAAACAAGGUAAAGUGGGGUGUGGCGAAAGAAAUACCAACUCAGAAGAGCAGCAGUGGUCUUCAGGUUAAAAAUAAAGAAGAAAAGAUGAAGGUGUGGGCAAAAUCAUGUUUAAGGGGUCGUGCUGAUCCCAACCUGAAUGCUAUAAAAAUUGAGAAGUUAUCUGAUGAUGAAGACGUAGACAUCACAGAUGAGCUAGAUGAGUUGAUUUCUCAAACAUCACAGAAGAAUUCCGGCAACCAUCUUACCUUAGAUGUUCCUAAUAGUAAAAUGUGUAAGACCGACCAAGGAGAAUUAUGCCACGAAGGUUCAUCAGCUAAGUCUUCAGGAGAAUGUCUUCAGAAUGUGAAACAGAGUGAAGCGGAAGCAUGUUCAAGCUCAGAAAUUACAUCACGGGCUGAAAAACAGAACAAUAAUGGCAAAAACUCAGUCGAAUUAAAUGAGAAAUACAGUAAACUGGUUGAAGAAUGCACUGCACAAGGUGGAGAACUAACAGAGGAAGCCAAGCACUUACCUUCUCCAGAGCCCUGUGAGGCUCAGAAGGACUCAAGUGGAAAUGAAGUGGUUUUGCUCCCUUGCCAGAUGGAGGAGGAAAACCAUGAAGGAGAAGAGCUUAAGCCGCCAGAACAAGAAGUAGAAAUAGACAGAAACGUCAUUCAAGAAGAAGAAAAGCAAGCAAUUCCUGAGUUUUUUGAGGGGCGCCAAACUAAAACACCAGAACGCUAUUUGAAAAUUAGAAACUACAUUUUGGAUCAGUGGGAAAUAUGCAAACCGAAAUACUUAAAUAAGACCUCAGUACGUCCUGGCCUGAAGAACUGUGGGGAUGUUAAUUGUAUUGGACGGAUUCAUACAUACCUCGAGUUGAUAGGAGCAAUCAAUUUUGGAUGUGAGCAGGCAGUAUAUAACAGGCCACAACCAGUUGAUAAAGUACGAGUGACCGACAGAAAAGAUGAAGAAGCAGCAUACCAGCUUGCCUGGCGCCUGCAGUCUAUGCGAACAAGAAGACGUAGGGUCCGAGAUCCAUGGGGAAACUGGUGUGAUGCAAAAGACUUAGAAGGGCAAACAUUUGAGCAUCUGUCUGUGGAGGAGUUGGCAAGAAGAGAAGAGGAGGAAAAGUGCAAACCUAUUAAAUUUUCCAAAGCUUCAAAACUUCCAAAAAGCUCAUUUGAUCCCUUCCAACUGAUACCUUGUAAUGUUUUCAGUGAAGAAAAGCAGGAACCAUUUCAGGUGAAAGUAGCUUCAGAAGCACUUUUAAUAAUGGAUUUGCAUGCCCACGUGUCUAUGGCAGAGGUGAUUGGCCUUUUAGGAGGAAGAUACUCAGAGGCUGAGAAGAUCCUUGAAGUCUGUGCAGCAGAACCGUGUAACAGUCUGAGUACAGGACUUCAAUGUGAGAUGGAUCCUGUAUCACAGACACAGGCCUCAGAAACCUUGGCUCUUAGAGGCUACAGUGUUAUUGGGUGGUACCAUUCUCAUCCUGCAUUUGAUCCUAAUCCAUCUUUACGAGAUAUUGACACACAAGCCAAAUACCAGAGUUACUUCUCCAGAGGAGGAGCAAAAUUCAUUGGAAUGAUUAUUAGUCCAUAUAAUCGAAGUAAUCCUUUACCAUAUUCCCAGAUUACCUGCUUGGUUAUAAGUGAAGAAGUUAGCCCUGAUGGUACCUAUCGUUUACCUUACAAAUUUGAAGUACAACAGAUGUUAGAAGAACCUCAGUGGGAAUUAGUGUUUGAAAAGACAAAAUGGAUAAUCGAAAAGUACGGACUUUCUCAUAGCAUCCCAAUGGAUAGACUCUUCCGCCAGGAUUCUGACCUAACUUGUCUGCAGAAACUUUUGGAGUGUCUAAGGAAAACACUAAGCAAAGUAGCCAAUUGCUUCAUCGCUGAGGAAUUCUUGACUCAAAUAGAAAAUUUGUUCCUUUCCAAUUACAAAAGCAAAGAAGAAAAUGGACUGGCAGAAGAGAACAGUACAAAGGAAUUGUUCAUGUCGUUAUCUUAAAUGUCUACAUGCUCUGGCAGCUGCAGAUGGCCCAUCUGCCAACUUUGACCUCCUGAGAAUAGUUAGAGCCAAGACCUUAAAGAGCACAGAUGAGUCUGGAGCUUGAGGGGGCAUGUAACACAGAAGUUCAUGGAAAAAAACAAACAACAAAAAAAAACAGGAAGGAAGAAACAAAGAAGGAAGGAAAGAAAAGUCCUUUCCAACAAGGUUUGCAGAAGUAGAGGACCAGAGUCGCCUGAGUCUCUUCAUGCUAUGUUCUAUUUUUAUUGGUACAUACAACUGUAAGAUGAGCUUAAAUUUUGUUUCUUAUUCUGGUGUAGCUAAGGAAACUUAAUAAUAGUACUUCUCCCAUAUUAGACUUACUGUUCUUCAAAACUAAUACUCAAGAAAACAAAAUCAGUGAAACAAGACCAGUAAGGUAAAACUCCCUGGCCACCAUUCUCCAGUUCUUUUAAGUGGCCAGGAACUCCCAUUCGGAGAGCUGGUUUGGCCAUGUGCUCAAUGCUCAUGAGGUUUUAGGCCCUAAGCACUUUAGCUCACUUGGACUCCUUCCAUAGAGAAUUUAAAAUUACAUUUUAUAAUUGUGUUUGUAAAACAUGACAGUAUUCACGUUUUGGGUUAAAAUAUUCUAUUAAUCUAAAACUUGGAUUAUUUUUCCUAAUAAAAUUAACUAAAACAUUUGUUAUAUACCCUUCAAAAUUCCAAGUCGGAGACUGUGCCUGAUGAAUGUUUUUCUCUGCCUAUGUGGGUUGUUGGAACAAUGCAGACAGUAUUCUCCAUCCCUUACCACAUCACUCAGUUAUUCAUUCCACUCCAGCCAGGAGCAUAGCAGCUCCUCCUGUCACAGGCGUGCACAUCUGAACUUCAUUCUUUCCCAUCCUAGCCAGAACCCAGUGUGGCUUAGAUCAUUCAUGGACGCAGUAGUUAGAAAUCAGUAGAUAGGAAUUUUUAUUUUGGUUCCUACUUUUACAGCUUGUGCCCCAUUUGACAGGGUGAGGUUCCUUUCUUCCCUUUCCUCUCAAACCUUUAUAUUCAUCUGUUCUCACAGCUCAUAGCUAUAAGAGCUUUCUAUCAUUCACUGAAAAUAACUAAACAGACCGACUCAGAGAGUCGGUGCAGUCGUUUAUGUCCAGCAUUGGCCCAGGCUUCUCCACAGAAUAUGCCUCCUCUGAGGCCUGGGUAGGUGAAGUCUGUAGUGUGCAGACUGUUAGCACAUUAGGCUCUCCAUUUCUCAGGACAGAGAAAGUAGCAGGCUCGGGAUCCCAGUCUAACCAUCUACUGCUCUGUAGUUUACCUCUUUAGUGUACCUUUUCCCAUGUACAUUGCUGAGUCCCGACUGAAGGCACUGGAGAAGCUGAUGGAACCUCUAUGCCCUCCAAUCGGUGCUCUGCUCUGUACCAGCAGAAGGCACCUGCUUGUAAUACACACUUGCAAUUCACCAGCACACAUCCCAUGUGGGUUUCUCAUCAGUAGGAGAGGUGGCUCCCCAAAUUUCCCUUUUUCUGCUUACCAGCAAGGCACAUAACCUGGUGUCAGGUGACAUGGCACGGAGGCAAGCACUUUACAGAAGCACAAGAAAAGCACACACGUUUUGAUGAACAUAGACUCUAUCAGCAUUAACAAACUUAACAAAGAAACUUCAUCUCGAGAACUGCAUCUCUAGUUUCUCAUUUGUUAAUAAUGCUCUUAUGAUAAUAUGUUUUGUAAUGUGUCUAGAAAAAUCAGAAUAAUGUAAUAUCCUUAGAUGAUUAUUUCCUGACCUUUUUGGAAAAGUUUUAUGCAUGCUUUUAUUACCUGUAACUUUGCUUUCUGGCAUCUCUUCUACCUCAUUUUCUUAUUGCCUCCACCAAAUCAGGAAGAAAUAAAAGCAUCCAGUAGGAACUUAAAAGGUUCUAAAUGAAACUAAAUUUUAAAGCUGAAAUUAAUUCACAGUAUCUGGGUAGCUUUUGUUUUUGUUCUUUGCUGUCUCUGUCAUACAUUCAUGUGAGUUCCACGGAAAAUGCCUGCUCUGUUGUCUCUGAGGUUUCCUAGUAGCUUUUCAAGGAUUCGUUAAAUAUGUUCUCACAGUUCAUAUUUCCUGUUUUAUAUAGUAUCAUAAAAUUGAGACUUGCAUGGUGGUGCACACCUUUAAUCCCAGAAUUCAGAAACAGAGGCAGGAGGAUCUCUGGAGUUUAAGGUUAGCCUGGAACAGGACUACAUAGUAAGACGCUAUCUUAAAAAUAAAACAAAACAAAAGUUUUUAUCAUCUGCUUCAGCAUAUGAAUUCUAACAUUGUAAUUAUAUUUCAGCAUGACUUAUGUAGGUGAGUCUUAUAUUACCUUUAACUGUGUAGACUGGAGUUGACUUGCACAGUUGUGUUGUAUAUAAGAUACUGCAUGUCACUUGAUGAACUUGUUGCUGUUUCCCACAGUAGUAACAGUUUUGUGAAUUUUUUCACUAUGCAUUUACAGUGCUCUAUAACAAUAUGACUUAAAACUAUUUUAUACAUUUAAAUGUUAUGUUGUAUAUAUCUACAUUAAAGAGUAUUGUAAAUAUCAGUUUGUAAAAUUAUGAAAAAUUUUCCCCAAAAUAUAAACUCAUCUUUCCAUACUUGUGAUAUAUUAAAAAUACUGAUUUUAAGCUUUGACAUAUUAUCUUGAAGUGAAAGCUAAGGAGAAACGUGCUGUCAAGUCAAUGUAAGCAAAAUUGUGAAAAUAAAACAGGUGGUUUUUGA